GCCGAUGAGGCAAACAAGUACGUUUAAAGUCGGGAUUCCCUCCCCGGAGACGCAGCAACGUGACACUUAAAUCUGCUCCUAACGGGCAAAUAACGCCGUUUCUCUCCAACACCAUGCCCGCCUUGCUACUUUUGAGGAAGGUGCGCGUUUGCUGAUGCCAAGCCUGACCUCAGGGCCAGCCUCUGCUGCUGACAUCACCUCCACGUCUCGUCGCCGCUGCUUGGAGUCCCAUCAAGGUCUGAGGCUCCCGCUGUGACCGAAGGCGAUGCCUCAACGCCAUUCAUUCUCAGGCAAGGCGCACAGGACGCAACAGUCGCUGCGCUCCCCGCAGGACAACUUUAUCUUUUUUUUUUCUCCCCCUUCCUUUUAUUUCUUAUUUAUUUUCCCCCUAAACGCAACUAAAGCUUGGCCAUGACAGAAGAAAGCCGGGGGAAGCGAAGGAAACAAGCCAACCCGAAGAGAAAUCGAGUGGACGCUGAGCAGGUAAGCUCUCUGGGAUCUGAGGAGGACGAUGAGGUGGGCUUGUGGAGCCUGGAGCCCCAGGACUGCCAGCGGAGCCCGAACAAGACGAGCCUGACGCCCAGCGAGCUGACGGAGGAGUCCGGCAGCCCUGCUCACCUGGCGCGGCCGCUCGGCCUCAGCCCCGGCAGCGGGAUCUGCUGGGGCCAGGUGGAGUCAGAGGCCCCGGCUGACGAGGACGCCACCUACGCAUCCGCCGUCAGGGAGGGGGACCCGGAGCCAUUGAGGAUGUACUGUAAGAACUCAGACUCCCAGAAUGCUUUUGAAGAUCUGGCCCAUUAUGAAUUUGUGGCUCAGCUGAGGAAGGCCUCGACCUCAGCCAGUGUGCUGGACCACCUGACCCAUAACGGCACGUCGGCAGUCUACCGUCCGAGCAGCAGGCACGAUGAGCUCCCCCCGGCCAUCUGGUCACCAGGAGCGCAGCACUGCUCACCUGAAGGAGCAGAUGAAGACAGAAGCCAGCAGGCCUGCCCGUUCUGCCACAGAGUGUAUCCGCGAGGAGCCUCUUUGAGGGACCAUGUCAAAUCCUGUCAGGAGAGGGAGGGGGGCCACAUGGUCUGUCCGCUCUGUGGAUACACUGCCACCCUUAGGUCCCAAAUGGAGCGGCACCUAGCACUUCACAAACAAAUCCAGGAAAAGAGCGCCAUCGGUUUGGACCAAAGCAUGGAGACGAGGAAGUUCAAAUGUCUGGAGUGUGGGAAAGCAUUCAAGUACAAACACCACCUCAAAGAGCAUCUUCGCAUCCACAGUGGUGAGAAGCCGUAUGAGUGCUCCAACUGCAAGAAGCGCUUCUCUCACUCCGGCUCCUACAGCUCUCAUUUAAGUAGCAAAAAGUGCCUCAGCGGCGGAGGGCAUGUCGGGGGAAACAUGGGGAGCGGCGGCGGAGCAUUUAACGGACACGGUCAAGGCUCCUACCACCACUCACUUCCCACAACUCCCUCUGCUGACGGGGGCGGAUCCAGGAAUGACCACAGCUCGUUGCUGGCCUUGCAAAACCAGGACACUUUCAGGUCCUUGGGCUAUCUACCAGCAGAUUCACACCAGCAUUCCCUGCAGGACCUCCAUCAGAGCUUCCCCGGCACGUCUGACUCAGCUAGGCUGUGGGAUCGCUCGCCGGAGCAGUCUCUGAGGAGCGGCAUCAUUAAAGGGACAACCCUGUUGCCUUAUCUUCACUCCGGGGCCAAGUUUGACCAGAUGCUGCAGGAGAUGCUCUACAGAGAUGUAAAGAUAGAACGUGAUAAGGAACAAGGAGAGGAGAGGAGGGUGGUGCACAAUGGAAGAGGGCUGGACAGAAAGGCGUCACCUGACAGGAUAAGAGAAGUAAGGUCAGGGGAAGCAGAGAGAGGUGUGUUUGGGGUGACGUGCCGCUGGUGCUUGCAGCCCUUCCCGAACAUGGCAGUGCUCCUGCAGCACGAACACAGCCUCUGCAAGAUGAAAAGAGAAGCGGCGGAAGCCACCGAGGGCUUUCGAAGGAAAGACCUCUCCUCGCCGCCUUCAUUCUUCCCCAGAUCUGCCCUUCACGCAGAGAACGCCAAACCAAGCGACGUAACCAACGGAUUCUCCGGAAACAGGUCGCCUUCACAGAAGCAAAGCUGGCAAUCUGUCCCACAACAGCAUUUAGUGGCCAUGCCGUCUCCUCCACCCCGCCAUGAUGCACUGUCUUCACGCAUGUACCUGUCCAGCCAGGACAAGGGUAGCCCAAGCCACCUGUCCCCAGGGAUGUCGUCACCUAGACGCAGGAAGAGACUUCCCUCCUCAGGCUUCAAUUCGCCCGCGUGCCAUGACGUCACCAGCGGCCCACGUGAAACCUCGCCCCCUCGGAAAGAACCCGGCAGUCUAUGGUCCGCACAGAAUGAACCGCUGGACCUCUCUCUACCAAAGCAGCAGUCGGAGACAAAGGGGAGAAACAAAGCUCUCAAUGGGAUCUCAGGGAGAGAAGAACGGAGGGAGCUUAGGACUCAGCAACUAAGCAGACAAAGUCCAACUUCACAUCUGCCCCUCCAGCAGUAUCCCAUCCUCAGCAGUCCCGGUGCUCCCGUGUUUCCAGGCUCGGUGUUCAAUGGGUUUAACAUAUUCGGCCAAUCUGGUGUCGGACUUUCGCUUCACGAAGGGAUGAUGCCGACUCCGUACAGUCAAGCAGCUAUCAGUCCGAGGUUUCUCUCUCCUAUGGCCUACGUGAUGGAGGCCAAUGCAGAGGCUGUGCUGAAAAAAAUCUACCAGGAGAGACAAAGUUUUAUGGGUGAGGUGUUAAACCGUAGUGCUCUGGACUACCUCUCUCUAACCGAGGAGGGGUUUGAUGGAGACGGAGGACCAGGGAGGAAGAGGCUGAAGAAAACAGAGGAGGGGCUUUAUGCUUGUGACAUCUGUGAAAAAACCUUCCAGAAGAGCAGCUCUCUUCUCCGACACAAAUACGAGCACACAGGCAAACGUCCCCACGAGUGCAAGAUCUGCAACAAGGCCUUCAAGCACAAGCACCACCUGAUCGAGCACAGCCGGCUUCACUCCGGAGAGAAACCCUACCAAUGUGACAAGUGCGGCAAACGCUUCUCCCACUCAGGCUCCUACUCCCAGCACAUGAACCACCGCUACGCGUACUGCAGCAAAGACCAGGAUCUGGACCAGGAUCAGGAGGAGAUGCCUCUCACGCCGGGAGCAGGCAGCAGCCUGGUGGGCAGCCUGGGUGAAGACAAAUCGCUGUCUGUGGACGACCCGCACACGGCCCACUCCUUCCUCAGCGACUCCAGCCUGGACGGCGCUCCGGACGCUCUGAAGGAGGGGGAGGAAGAGGAGGAGAGAGUCAGGAAGAUACACGAAGGUCUGCUGGAGGAAGCAGACGAGCUGGGAAGCAGCCCCACUGAAGGGUCACUGACGGGGGGCAGCGAACUGGAAAAUAAGCUUAGUAACUGUGAAAGAGGAAAUCAUAUCAACAGCACAGAGAACCAAAUGUGGGACAGAGCAAGUGAGGACCAGAACGGAGGCUUGGACAAAUGUGAAAUGGACAUGGAUUUAAUGGAAUUACCUAGGAUAAUAACUUAAAAUGACUUUAACAAGCUUUAACACAUUUGAAUAUAUAUAAAUAUAUAUAUAUUCUUACAUAUACAACAAUUCAGCAGAGUGGUUUUCUUGUUUUAUAUGACUAAAUGCACAAAAACACCAAAGAUUACGCGGCCUUGAAACGGAUGAAGCUAUGCCAAUUAUUUGUGUCAAUGCAAAGUGACAAUAUUUUAUCAAGUUCAAUAGACUUCACUUACAGUGUUAUUUCUAAUUUUUUUUGGGUUUCUUUUGUUUUUGUUUUUGUCUUGGACUGUAAAAACCAAAUUGGGUUGACUUAACUGAGGUUAUGACACAUAUUCAGAUGUGACAUUGCAUAAAUGCUUGCUGCUGUUGCCUAUUGCACGUCAAAUAAGAGCUGUUUUUUUCAUUUUAGAAACAAAAGUGUUUUGUUUUUUUUGGUCUUUAACAGUUAAAAAAACCUAAAGCAUUUUGAGUAGCUGGGAUCACAUCCUUGCAAAUCUUGAAGAUAAAACAGUUUUUUUUUUUGCUCUUAUUAAGUGCACAAAACCUUCAGUUUUCAGUUAUCUGCCAUUUUUUAAAUGCUACUUUUUUUGCCUCAUGUUGUGUUUGCGUCAAUCGAAGCUUGUCACUGAUUAUAUAAAAUGGGGCUGAUUGUCAUAUUUGCUGUGGAAUCCAAAAUAUAAUUCGGCAGGUCCUCCGUGGCCACAAUCAGCCAUCUGUUAAAUGUUACAAACAAGCAUCACAAAAAAAGAGGAACAACUGGAAGGUAGCUGUUUAUUCAUGCUUCAAACAAAAAAGCAGUGGCCUGCACCUUUUUCAGCCUUCGCCUUACUGGGAGGAUAGUCAUUUCUGCAUCUUUGCAUAAGAUGUUAACGGGGGCAAAAGAUAAAGAUAGGGUCCGGGGGUUUUUCCCCUUCAGGCCUGCAGAUACCUUUUGGAACCACUCACCGUUUGCUUGAUCAUCACAAAAAUGAGCCUCUCGAAUUCAUCAAGUGCCAAAAAAAUCAGCAAUUUCUUGUCAUUUACAUGCGCCACGGCCUACUUUUACAGUCACAGAGCAUUAACAUGUCAAAACACUUUUCACAAGGUGUGGCAAGAGGGUCAAGAUUCAGGACGCCUAGAUCAGUUUUUAACUUCCUCUUUCUGACUGCGGUGUAGUCAACGUGAAAAGUGCCUCAGAUGUACUCAGACAACUGUGAGUAAUCCGAAAAGGCCUCCGUACGAUGAGACACUGCAGACGGUGGUGCAUGAGGUGUGACUAAGCUUGCAGCGCUCAUGCAUACUGCGUGCCAAAGAUACUUCUUGUUCAUAUAAGUGUGUGUGUGUGAGAGUGUGUGUGUGUGUGUUUGUAUCACCAAAGAUAUGCAUAUGCGACACGCCAACUGCUAUGCUAUUCUUGCAUAGUUCCUUACCUGUUAUCUUCUAGCAAAAGAGCAGACAAAUAAUUAGUUUCACAUUCACUCAGCUUCUGCACACCUUUCUACGCUUGUUUUUGCCUUAAAAAUGGUGUUUUGUCACAGCCAAGAACCUUUUGUAUUAACUUUUUAUGUGUAUUAUUUUCAUUUUUGUAAUAGAAAUGUACAGAAUUUGUCUUGAAAAUCUUGUGUUUCAUUUAUUUUUCUAAUUAAAAAUUAAAUGUUUUGCACAUCUUGUCCAGAUUUGUGGUUUCAGUUGCAGAUUUUAUAAAGGUGGGGGGAGGGAUAAAAGGCAUAUGUCAUACUUUUUACUACUUUUCCUCUUCAAAUUUUAUCAAUGAUUUUAGUGCCUCUCUGAAAUUGAGUGGCAUGUAAAAAA